AAAAAAAAAAACUGGGGCACGUCUCACAAAUUCAAUGAACCACCAGCACAUGCGGUGAUGUUCCAUUCAUGUUUCUGCUUAGCUCGCCUAGGGUCUGACCCUUUUACCACCCAUGUCGAUGGUGUCUCUUGGCUUUGCCGUUCGUCGAGACAUUCAGCGCGGCGAGGUAGCCCCUUUACUGCGUUCGCAAUGUCCUCCGGCUAUGUCAGGAUUUAGGUGGCUUCGAGCUGUCGCAGUUACUGCGAUCGUCUUCGCCUUUUUCGGCACGUUAUUUUCCCACAUUUUUUUGAAGACCCGAUACCACAGCGUGCUGGGGACCAAUGCAGCUGUUAACGAUGGCAUUGCCUUCCUUCAGGAUGCAGUCACACUAGAACCAAAGUUUCCUGAUUUUUCGAUGCACAAGCAAAUGCUGCGUUCUCUGACAUUCGAGGAACGCUCGUUUUAUCGUAAACAUGGCAGGCUGAUUGUUGUUGGCGACAUUCAUGGGAUGCACAGUUCGCUCCGUGAUCUUCUCUCCAAGAUUAAGUUCAAUCAUAGGAGGGAUGUAUUUAUCCACACCGGAGACAUUAUCGCAAAGGGCCCGGUUCCCGAGGCUUUGGCACUACUCUCAAAAUUUACGGAGAACAACACCCUGGGCGUGAGAGGGAAUCAAGACCAACCCAUCAUUGAAUGGAGGGCAUAUUUUGAGUGGAUCGGCUCCCGACCAAAGGGGAACGAGUGGCUUGAGUCUCAUAAUGUCUUCUUGGACCAUGAUGGGGAAAGUGUUGGCCGUUACGCUGGUAACGAUCCUUUUGACUUCAUAUCCCAUGGUUGGGACUGGGGUGGGAACCACUGGGAUUUAGCUAGGAGAAUGAGCCAUCGCCAGUACCAGUACCUUGUAAAUCUGCCUAUUAUUCUUCAUCUAGCUCCGUUCAAUGCUCAUAUCGUCCAUGGGGGUCUUUUGCCUAUGGAUCCUGUGCGAUCCAUCAAAUCCCACAAACAACCACUUGCGAAGGUGCCGGACCGUUCGAACGAGACAGAGCCCCGCUCUCCACCAAAUAUCACCUUGCUCCGUUCAAUGCAGGAAAUGGCUGUAGUCACUGAGAUUCCUCAAAAUACCGUCCCGUGGAACGUAAUGAACAUCCGCUCUAUUCUAAACGAUGGGACCAUCACACGUGGUGGUGAUGAGGGUAUUCCAUGGCCCGACCUCUGGAAUAUGGUCCUGAAGAAGUGCGAAGGGUUUGCUACAAGCUUUCCGUGUGCACCAGAGGAAGAACUUGACGUUGCGCGAGAAGUUCCCUUAUUGGCCCGCCCGGGCACCAAGACUGAGGAAACACGAAACUGCCCUGUCAUCCCUUCACUACCCUGGACAAAAGGGUUAGACUCGGGCUGCGUUUAUGGACGAAGACUAUCCGCAUUCAUCCAUAAGCCUCAUAUCGUUGCGUCCGAUGGCGAGGAAGAUUCCUUCAGUGGCAACGAGAUCACAUUUGGUGACAAUUUGGGGACAACUAGCGUUGUCACCAUUAAAUGCAGUGCUCUUUAGACUGAGAAUAUGACUCUGUGUCCCUUCCUCUGAUAUGACACUUGGUGACUUUUUUCCCCAUAUGAACUCCUAAAAUAUUUGUCUCUGUAAUAGCAAGUAUCCCCUCAUGUAAUUGGCCGAGCUUGCGAGCUUUUGUAACAAUUCACUUUAGCACAGCGUGGGAUCCUGGAGGCGGUGCAGCUGG